GCUUGAGCUCACGUGGUACUCCACUACCUUGCAAUAUAAACCGCAUUGACAUCUCCGUCUCCAGCAUUCAACAGCUGCAACGCACCCCAGUCCCAGCUCUACACGUGGAUAUCAGCUCUGAUCUGUCAAAGAAAACACACAUCUUUCUUCACCUCUACCGAAUCAUAAGUACGUGCCCGGGUUUGAUAUGUAAAAUUCAUUUCCGUUGCUAGUCUGAUAAACGUUUGUUGAAAUACAUUUCCGUUAGCAUUAUUAGAUCAUUAUGUUACUGUUUUUCGUGUUCUAGCACUGCAAGGCAUAAUAAUUCAUUUUUAAAGACAUAUCAAUAGUUUAUUUUAACACACACAUUUCAGCGUAUUGUAUAUGUUUAUACUUUAAUAUUUGUAUUUACUUUUUUUUAAAUGUAUGUUUAACUGAUAUAUUCCAUUCUGUUUACAUAACCCAGGGGUUCCCAAGCAUUAUCUAGUUAUAGUACCCUUGCCUCAUCCAGGUUUUCGUCAAGCGCGUUUUGUUCAAUGCUACACUUUUUUUUUCGUUUAUCCUUUGCUACAUAUCUGUGAGAAACAGUUCGUGUACCUCUGCAAAGAAACAGUAACGUCUAUUGUGAAGAGUGAUGCCUCAUAGAACAAUCUGGUGCUUGUUGUUUUCUACUGCUUUGUGUUUAUUUUUUGUGUUGUUUUUUUUUCGUACUUCGCAAUUUUCGGCUGGAGUAGCAGCAUUGACUUGAGUAGCAGCAUUGACUUGAGUAGCAGCAUUGACUUGAGUAGCAGCAUUGACUUGAGUAGCAGCAUUGACUUGAGUAGCAGCAUUGACUUGAGUAGCAGCAUUGACUUGGGCUAUAUUAUUUUUUUUAAGUGAGGGAGAGUUGUUCAGUUCGUCAGCCUUACUCUCUCGCCCCUUGCCUAUUUGAUCCAAUGGCAAGACUUAGUCAGUCAUGCAUAGACUAUUGCAAAACGAUGUUUUUACCAUUAAAAAAAAUUACCUAAGAUGUUCCGUUUAAAAAAAAAUGGUAAUUUUCUCCGGCAAAUUUCUGUAACAGUCAUCAUAAUGUGUUUUUUUAAAUUUUCGUUUGAAACAGAUCUGCAAUAUGGCAAGACUUGUGUCCUGUGCUCUCAUCGUACUUCUGCUCUCGCCAACCGCCACCAAUGCCUGGUUCACUGAGGCGGUAUGUGCUGUAGUGGGGGGCGUUGCAACCGUCGCAUUGGCUCCAAUAGUUUUACCGGCUGUCGGCUUUACAUCAGGUACGUUGCAGAAUAUUUUCAAUAAUGUUCACAUGUAUUAUAAGAGCCAAAUGUAAUUGUAAUGGUGAUAAAUCUAUGCUAUUUGAGGAUUCCUUCCCUUUUCUGUAGAGAUUGACGCAAAUUUGGCGUUGUAUUGGAUUGGAAGACCAAUUGAUUUUUCUUUUACUCGCACUUGGGCAGAAAGGAUAGAAGGAUUACAGGGUGUGAAGAAAAUAGUGGGGAAAAAAGUACGUGGAAGCGUGAAAUAUAGCGACAGGAUAUUAAAAAAACAGAGCGUUUCGGCUAAGAGCCUUAGUCAGCGGACAGGACAACAGUAGAAACAAUAAGAAAAUAGAAAAUAGUUUAAAAUAACUGAAGUGCUCGAUGCUCGCUAUGAAUGCUAUGUUAUUCUUUACCAUGCUUUCCAGAAAGAGUUUCGUAGUGAAAAUAAUUGCAGUUGUAUAUAGUGAAGUGGUUGUCUUGUGAAACUGAUGAUUACUAGCGUUCCCUUGUGGUUCUAGAACAGCGGUUCUUAACCUUCCCAAUGCCGCGACCCGUUAAUACCGUUCCCAUUGUUGUGGCGACGCCCAACCUCAAAAUUAUUUUCGUUGCUACUUCAUAACUAUAUUCUAUUUAUUUUCCGAUGAUCUUAGGCGACCCCUGUGAAAGGGUCGUUCGACCCCCGAAGGGGUCGCGACCCACAGGUUGAGAACCGCUGUUCUAGAAGGAAAUAAUAUGAUGUAAUAGAAACAUCUCAAGAUCUUUUGGCAACAAAGAUGGUAUGUUAUAGCAAGAGAUGUGCGUGGUGGGCAGGUGCUCAUUGUAAAAAUAAACAAAAGUUUUUUUCGUAUUAACACCCCAUAUGUAUUGUUAAUUCUUUUAUAUUAAUUUUCUAAUGACCCACCCUUUUUACACAGAGGAUUUAUUUAACCAACUAUUCGAAAAAAGAAAAAAAAAAUAUUGCUGAAAUUUUAAAAGAAGCUGUUGUCAUCGCCAGUUAGUCUAUGUGAUAAGUUUCAGCUUUUUAUGUCAACGCGAAGUGGGUCACUUAGCCAUCCGAAAGUUUUGCCUAAACAAGCAAAAACGAAGUUAAUGAAAAUGAUUUAAAAAUAACUCUGAUUGUAACUGACACACUCAAUGUAGCAUAGAUACAUUCUAUACACUCAAUCUGAGCGAUCAACUAUUUUAAGCAUUUGAGCACAGGAUUCUUUUGCUGUGUGUUUACCUGUGGAUCAAACAGCUUAAUUAGGCACAAACUGGAUUUACUUGAAAUCCAAAAUGUAAAAUCACAUUUUUUAAUAUUUUUUUUACAUUUGGAACCCAUCGUUUGGAUUAUUAUAUCUUUAAGUUUUAUGUCAGACACACGAAGCGAUAGUUUGAAAGUUGAAAGGUGAAAGUAAUUAUGCUGCGUCAGUAAAUAGAUCAUUUUGUUUUUCAUAUUUGAGGGCCCACGAACAAUUUAUUGAUCAUUUUGGGUCCUGAUUUGAAUUCAGAGUUAGCCUCCUCUUAGAUGAGUUGCCUUCCAAGGCUAACGAGUCCCAUCCACCCGGGGUGCUUGGGAUGUUGGCUUUGGUGGGGAUUGAACUCCAGACCACCACUAUUUGUAGUGAGUCAGUUUAGACCACUCGGCCACCUAUCCGAAAAUAUAAAUAUAAUUUCAACCAAAAAAAACAUGCACAUAAGUGUUUGAGACGUUGAUAGCAUAUAAUAUUUCCUUUUGUAUUUAGAGUGUUGGUAAAUCGAACGUUCGUAAAUCGAGAGCCACCUGUUGAUUAACAACUUGUGGAAUGUACACAUAAUAUGCAAAUUCGAUACAAUUCUUUCAGCUCAGCAAUGAAAUUAAGUUUUUUAAAAUCUGUUACUUAUAUUUUCCAUCAAAGUUUACCAAGUGAUUUUAUUAAAUUACAAUUUAAUUCUCACUAUUACAGCUGGUAUUGCCGCUGGGUCUCUAGCCGCUACAGCGAUGUCGACAGCAUGGUCAACUGGCGUCGGGGUGGGUUUGGUUGCAGCCGCACAGUCCGCUGGUGCUGUUGGUGCCGUCGGUCUAAUAGGGACUGUCGCUGGUGGUGCAGUCGGUGCAGGCGUCGGGCACGUCAUCGCAAAGGCCGGGUCGGACAAAUGCUGCGGUUGUGAGAAUGACUGCAACUGUCUUUAGUAAAGUGGUUGUCUUGUGAAACUCUGGUAAUUACUAGCGUCCUGUGCUUCUAGAAGGAAAUCAUAUGAUGUGCUCGAAACAUAAUUAUCAUGAUGUUUACUUAAAAGAUUAACAGGUUUUACUCCACACACACAUAAUUCCACCCAAACAAAAUUUACAUAAGAAACAAAAACAAAAAAUAACUGGUGUAAAUUUGUUUAUUUAUGUUUAUUGAUAAGGCCAUUUUUUUAACAUUAAUUCAGAAAUCUUUAAAUUUUUCCGUGCAAUUUUAUAUGGUAAUAUCUUCAAAGAAAGAUAGCAGAAUUUCCCCCCUCCCCCGCCCCCAAACCCCACAUACACAAAGCAUCACAAUUAUUUAGCGUACAUGAGCCAAACUUUGUUAACAUUAAAAUAAAUUGUGUUGUUGAGUUUUUUGCUAUUUCCUUCGACUAUCAAAAGGCUUUUCAUUACUAACCGUAAUGGACGGCUUUUUAGUUGGGAAAUUGAGGAGGCUCAACUAUUUCAAAUUUAAAUUAAAUGUCAAUAAAAGUUGGCCAUAGAGUUUCCAGAUUUCUCAGAAGCGUAGGGCAAAGUUCAAUUACUGGAGUUUUUGAGGGCAACCGAGAGCGGAUUUUUUUUUUCUUUAUUGUGCUUGUUUGUUUCAUUUUUUAAACAUGUUAUUGCUCUUGAAAUACUUUUUACUGUAUGCAUUUUUAUUUAAUUUUUGUUUUGCCUUGUUUGCGUCGUUGUUGUUUCUCACCCAAAAUAUUGUUGUAACAACACUCGUGUGUAUUGUGUUGACUCCAUUCUCGAUUAUUUCAAAUAUAUUAGAUAUAGCUUUUAUUAUCUGUCAUUAAAUGACCAUAUUUUUCAACCUGUAUACUGUCUGCCAAUGCAAGAAACGUAUUAUUUAAUUUUAUGCACAACUGCAAGAUUUCUGAUUUAAAUAUGUUGGGGAAUUACCACUUGAGGUCUAUGGAAUUAAAAGAUAGGGCAGAAACCAUUUUAAUGUUGCAUUUUUUGUAAUACAAUUCCUAAAUAUUCAAACUAGAAGCUUUAAAUCGAUUCAAUCAAUUGCCUAAAUAUCGUAUGUGUUUGUAUGUUUCAUGUGGUUUAUUUUAAUAGCACAAUCCCUUUAUAGUAGUUGGAGUUUUUAAAAACAGUAUAAGUAUUUGCUUGUCUUAUAAGUUUUUUUUCCAAUAAAAUGUGUUUCUAUCUACUACUUA